AUGGCUCAAAAGGCGAAGAAGGACCGAGCAAAGUCCAAUGCCGAGUCCCUGAAAAGCCUCCACAUCGGUGCUGCAGCUGUCAAUGGCCUCUUCCUCCUGUGGACCUUCUUCAUCAGGUCACGCUCCCUGUGGGCCUACGUGCUGCUGUCCCUUCCCAGCUUUGCCUGCGAAUUUGCACUCGAGAAGGCCGGGCGGCCCUCGUUCGACCGUUCCACUGGAGCCCUGAGGUCUUCGGGCGAGGACCUCUCCGCACCGGGCUUGACAGAGUACAUGUGGGAUGUCGUCUGGGUCACCUGGGCGUGCCAGGUCCUCGUUAUGUUGUUCGGAAACUGGCUGUGGCUGGUAUGGGCCGUCGUUCCCGCCUACGGCGCCUACAAAGGCUACGGCCUUCUAGGGAUGGCGAGAGGACUGGCAGGCAUGCAAGGUGCCCAGCAGGGUGGCCAGCAGGAGGCUGCCCCAGCUGCGAACCGGAAGCAGCGACGUGCUGCGGCCUGA